AUGUCGUCGCCGGAGAUCCAAGUGCAACGGCGAAACUCCAUGUUUAAGAUGUCGCAAUCGAGGACUCCCAAAUCUCUUAUUCAUCUCCUAAGAUCUCGGAUAAAUAUGCUAGAGCAGGUAGUCUGGCUGCACUCGAUUGACAUUGAGAGCUCCAUCGCAGAAUUGAGAGCACGUGGAAAGAUCUCAGCAGAUGGUGAAGCGUUAGAAAGCGAGUCACAUCCGGAUUUCGGAGAGCCUAUCGAGCCAGAGGAAACGUUAUCUAUGAAUGGUUCAUUAAAUUUCGAGUGUGACGGGCAAGCUCGUUAUUUCGGCUCGAGCAGUGGAAGAGCCGAGCUUUUGCAAUACGCUAGCAAGGCCUGUAUGAUAGCAUCUCCGGGCGGAAGCUUCCAGUCGUUUGAUAUGGACGAUAUCCCGCCUGAGUUAGUGGAUCAUCUUGUUGAUCUCUACUUUCAGUGGGAACAACCCUGGCAUCAGGUAGUCGAUGAAACCCUAUUUAAGCAAAGCCAACGAGACAACGGUCGGUUUUUCAGUCCGCUGCUCUUGAACUGCAUUCUCGCCAUUGGGUCUCGCUACUCGGACAGAGUAGAUGUACGCUCUGAUCCAAAUGACCCAAAGACAGCUGGUCAAUUGUUUCUUGAAAAUGCUGAGGUGAUGUUACAUUUUGAUCUCAGGUCACCAACCACUGCUACGGUCCAAUCACUUUCCGUUCUGGCUAUGGCCUACGUUGCAAUGGGCUCGGACGCUGCUGCAUGGCUACGUCAUGGCAUGGCUUUUCGCAUGGCUUUUGAUAUGGGGUUCAAUCUUGACCCCUCUACCCUAAUGCGCUCUGGUCAAAUUUCCCCGGAAGAAGCUCAAUUGCGAACUCAAAUAUAUUGGGCGCUUUAUUGCACGGACAAGUUCUAUGGCCCCCGAAAGCUGCCGCCUGGUGUAGAAAUGCAAUGUGCGUUUGACACAUGUCUACUUGAGAUCAAACAAUGGAAAUAUUCUCUUCCUCCGGAGCUGAAGGUGAAUCGGACAGGAAAGAAGAACAAGUUUCCUCAUGCCUACACUCUCAACAUGUCCUAUCACACAUCUAUCAUACUACUGUGCAAACCGUUUCUCCCGAAAAAUUAUUCUGCAUCCCCAGAGUCGCACCCCCAGAAAGACAAGGUUACCCAAAAAGCAAUACUCCUAUGCGCAGAAGCCGCGAAAGAGAUAGCUGCUCUUAGUCAACAAUACCGUGCUGUCUUUGGCAGUUUUCGAAGAAGCCCUGUCACUGCUACACACUGCACGCUCUCUGCUGCGCUUGCGACUAUUCAAGCUGAUAGCUUCGGGCAUACGGCAAGUCGAAAGUCCACGACACAUCUGAUAGAAACAUUUCUGAAGACCUUGGAAGAACUUUCGGAUUCUUGGGUCCCUGCGGGACGAUACUGGAGCAGUGUUCGGCAAAUGGCUCAAGGCCCGGGGCAGACGGGAACUGAUGACAUGGUGGUUCUGCCCACGGUAGCUGAUCUUCAGCCUAUGCAUCGCACCCUAGAAUUUCCAUUCAACGAACAACACAUGGACCAGGCGAUAUUACAGCAGUAUUUGUCAACUGGGUGGAUUGGUCUGCCGGAGGAACCAGGCUUCAAUGCAGGAGGGUUUGACCUUACCAACCCGCACUCUCUGGUUUCAUUAUUUGAUCAAAGUGGUAGCGAGGGUUAUUCUAUGCCGUUCUUAUUCGAUGGCCAUACAUAA